AUGGCGCUUCAUUGGACUUCAUUCAAUGUCAAAAUCUCCAAGUUUCUGAUCGUCAUGGAUCAGACCCUGUCACGACCCUAUGUCACCCCAAAUGGAAGUUCAUCUGCUCAUCUCACCGGUGAAACUCCAUGUUUACCGAGAUUCCCGAGCCAGCUAGUCCUGGCUGGGCAGGUCGUUAGAGCGAUCCUGCAGACCAGGCAGCUCCCCUACUACGGUCGUAUUAUUCUGUGA